AUGAACACGAGAAUGCACGAACAAAUAAACAAUGAUAAAGAAGAACGAGAACCUAAAAUCAGUAACAAAAAAAUGUCGAUAAUUAAAGACUAUGUAAAUCUAGCGGAACUGUUACAUAAAACAGUUCAUGGAAUCGUUAGGGUGUUUGAUGAGUUUCUGAUUCCGACAGUUAUGUCUCAUCUUGAUCUCAAGACUCAUGACUCAAUAACAACAAUACAAGAAUUAUUCCGAAUUCUCGCAGAUUUAUUUGAUUUACCGAAUACGAGCUACCAGAUUGUCGCGAAACACCAAAUAAAAAAGGACUGGAAAAAUUUGUUGGCUUCAAAGUUUGUAUCAACCGGCCUCUUGGAAAUAGCACUACAACAGAACUACAACUUUCGACAAAUCCAACCAAACACCACCAAUGGAUUCGAUCGAUUCCUUGUUGCCGUUAUUGGUAGAUUAAGUGGAUUCUUGCCUAAUGUCGGAGAAACAGGUGGUAAUAUUAGACAAGGGAGUAUUGUACCAGAGAAUUUCGCGUUUGGUAACUUACCGGAAAAUCUCACCGGUGCAUUUGACUUAAUAGCCAACGACAUCAUUGGAUCAUCUUCGUCGUCUUCUUCAACAACAAUCAACGCGCUUUACGUGAGCCAAACAUUAGACAGAGCUGCGCUUGCUUUAUUAUUCGUUGUGGAAUCUAACAGAGAUAAGAGAAGUGAUACUGAACAAGAUGACAAUAUUACUCCACCAGCAACGACAUCAAAAAAAGGAUACAAAGCAUUGUCCCGAUUUCUCACCAAAUACGCGUCGUUGGAUUUCUUGCACGAUAUGAUAAAAUGGUUACACUAUAACUUUAAUCAACAUCAAAAAUCUUUACUCCCCGAAAUAACAAUAAUACUUUCGAAACAAUUCGAGACGACGUCGUCAUCACUAUCUAUAGUUGAUGAAAAACAAAUUCUACAGACUGGCGAAAUGUUAUUUGGAAAUGAGUUUGCGGUGGAAAUACUUUUGUCUUUAUUCACAAACUCUAUUCUUAACGACAAGACUGAUGAUCAACAAGAACAACAACAAUCUUUUCAAUUCAGAAUAGUUGUCUUAUUGACUAUCACUCUCUUAUCACCAUCAUUCUCAUCGUCUUCUUCCAAAAACAUCAAAAACGACAACAAAAAUUAUGAUAAUAACGAUGGCGAAAUCAGUAAUCCAGUUAUAAAAAACUUACUAGUAUUUUGGACGUCGUUAUUAAAAUAUGCUACUUUCGGUGGUAAUGAAUCUGGUAUACUGUUGUUGGAAAGAUUACCAUUGGAUUGGUGGCAACCCAUAAAUCACAUUCUAAUGGUACUAGGAAAACGAUUUAAUCGUUAUGUCGCUGAUAAUUUGGGUUCAUUGUCUGAAGUUUUCGAUUACACCUUAAGGUAUCUCUCGAGACAAAAAGCAAAAUAUAAACAAUUCACACUCUUACAGUCAAUAAAUGAAUAUGAAGAGAUCGCAGGAUCUAAAAAAGACAAUAAUGAAAAAGAGCCAGAGAAUGAAAUAUUCUUUAUAGCCGAAAAAUUCUUGUUUGUUGUUAACUUCCUGUCGAUUCUCGCAGAUAUAUCUACUAAAAAAGCAUUAAUAGAAAUCCAACAGCAUCCAUUGAUCUUACCUGCUCUCCGUGAUCGGAUUUCUCGCAAAAGUAUUUCAACUGCUGAUGAUUGUAAAUAUAGAUUAAUCGAGUUCGAAAUCGUGUCUGUAGUUCUGGGACUAUUGAAUAAAUCUAUCCCUGUUCAAACGGAUGGAAGACGGGAAGCAACAUUAUUCCCAUCAAUGAAUGAAAUCCUCUUGUUCUUGCAUAUGGCAAAAAUCGAAUCAGCAUUGAUGGUUGGCCAUUUAUGCACGAUCGUCAAAAGAGGCUUUGAUCUCACACUAGAGGAUUUUCGGAAAAACACAAAAUGGAUUUAUAUUAGUAUUUGGAACAUACUGCGAGAUUUUGUUGUCUCCGAGGUUGAUAACCAGUUUAUGUGGUUUUUACUGCUGCCGAUAUCUGAUAGUUUCCGGACAAUGAUGGCAAAGAGUCCACCUCAAUUAGGUUUCUAUCUAAUUGAAAAUCGAUGGAACUUUUACAUGUUACGCAAUGUUCUUCGAUUACUUGAAUUUUUUACACUACAAAAUCCUUCAUGGAUAAAAGAAAUUUUCACCGAAAAUGUAAUAGACAUGAUAAUCUCGCUACUUGAUCAAAUAGUCACGAGUAUGGAACAAAGAUCUUGUGCUGUUGUGAGUUAUGUAAAAGAUGAUGAAUCCGAGUAUGAAGAGUUGUGCCGUGUUUUGUUGAAUAUCGUUCAAAAGCUAUUGCAAAUCUCGUUGAUUACCAAAACUCAUCACCACUACCCUCGAAUAGCGAGGGUACUUGAUUCUUUUGUGUUACAUCGACAAGAACAACUGAGCAACACAUUAACUGAAAAAACAACCAACUCUAAAACAAUAUCGGAAGAAUUACUUUUUAUCAGACCAAGACCAAAUUACAAAUUUAUGCUUACUUCGUUGACAAAGCAUCAUCACAAUGAUCAUAAAAUUAAAAAGCUGGAAGUACUGAAAUCUGAUUCAGAGACUGGUUCAGGUAUCAUCGAGCCGGCUAAAGAAAUGCUUGAAAAAUUUGGGGAUAAAAAUAAUUAA